ACAGUUAUUUUCAAUUUAAUGGUAAAUUUUACAAACAAAAAACAGGCUUACCCAUGGGAAAUACAUUAUCACCAAUAUUAGCCGACAUAUACAUGGAUGAAUAUAAAAAACAACAUUUACAUGAAGUAAACAUUCCAAACAAAAUAUGGAGAUAUGUUGAUGAUAUUUUAAUCAUUACAAAAAUGAAUAAACCACAAUUGGAAAAAUAUGUACAUUAUUUAAAUAAAAUACGUGGAACAAUUAAAUUUACCUCAGAAUUUGAACAAAAUGAUCAAAUAAAUUAUCUUGAUACAAUGUUAACAAAAAAGUUAAUAAAUAAUGAAAUAAUACUUAAAAUUAGAUGGUUCUGA